AUGGAGCGGCCAUUGAAAAGGCAGAGGCUAUCCUUGUCGCCAGAUGCAGAAGACGCGCCCAAUGAAUUUGACUUACAAGAAGCGCGUGCUCAAAAUGACCUACGUCUAAAGUCCAUCUUCGAGGGUAUUUUUGAAAAAUACGGUCAGGAUUUUACAGAUAUCGGGGACGAAAUCGAUUUACAAACGGGGAAGAUCGUGGUAAAUAAUGGCCAUCUUCAUGGAAUGGAAGGGGAGAAUAUGAUGGAGCCUAAUUCACCAGCACGGUCAAUCCAAGAAGCAGGAAAAAUGAUGGAGGCGAGCGCUAUGCACAAUCUGCACGCCGCGGAAGCCGAUCACGAUAUCUCGGACGAAGGUAACACGUAUGUUCGGUCGAAACCGGCGUCCAUUUUGUCCCAAAUGCUCCGUGCUCCGGAAGAUUCCCCGGGAAAUAUGGAAGGCGAUGCAGUCAAUUCAACGUCAGAGGACGAGGACGAGGACGACAGGUUGAGCGUGGAUUCUCUACUCGACACUGCGCUCCAUGUCCAAAGCAUUUCGAGGACUUUUUCCAGCCCGAAAGCCAAGGCUGACACGACAAGUGACACCGACAGCGAAAAAGCAAAUUCUGGAGCUGAAGGAUCCCACCAAUCCCAGCCCAAGCAUACUGAGGGAGUCGAUGAGCCCAUGGAACAUAUCUGGCGCGUUCCUGAGAUCGAUGGAAACUUCUCAACGCCGACCCUGGGCCGAUCUCGACCGAAAUCUGUCAUGGGUACCGUACGAUCUCAAUCCCCACCUGGGGCAGGCUCUCUCUGGGCUCUCCCCCGGACAUCUAGGCGGGGUACGGAUGUGACCAAAAAGAAAAGUCGAAAAGAUCACAGUCGCAAGAAACGGAAAACGCACAGUUCAAGCCCCAUCGUCUGCGACUGGUCGUUCGCAGAGGCCCCGGAUGGAAACGAAUCUGACGACCCGUUGCAGGAAGACCACGAACCCUCUCCAACCCCAACGAGGCCCUUGUACAUUAGAGAGAAACGAAAUGGCCGUACUACGUCGGAAAGCUCGAAAAAUACAUGCAGUUGCUGCAAACGGUCAUUUUCCCGCGACGACUACAUUGUACAUCUAAAAGCUAUGCUGGCUGAUCCGCCGCUUGACCAUCAUGACCUCACAGAUUUGAGGAGACAGCUGAACACUAUCACUGGUAACCCUGCUACCGAGUCACCCCCUAGGGCCACAGCCGAUGGUGGGCCUGAAGUUCACUUGGCUUCGACAUCAACCCCCAAGCUCGAACCGAAAGAAGUCGACGAGACAAACCUGGAUGCUUCACCGACUAAGAGUAAACGUCCUAGAACGACCAUGCGGCCAGAUGAAGCUAGGCUGAUUAUCAAGUUGAGGCAAGUUCAAGGCAUGAAGUGGAAAGAAAUCCUAGACCACUUUCCCCAGAAGAAACUCGUCCAACUUACCAUGUGGAAUUAUACCCACUGGAACGAUCGCUGCGUAAACCCUCCCUUAUUGUCAAGGCCGUGGUCGAACUCCGAGAUUGAAAAGCUAGAAGCCCUUAAAGACCAGCAGGGUCUGACAUGGAAUGCCAUCCGAGCUGAAAUCCCAGGGCGUUCCCAGGCCGAGAUAGAAUUUGAGCUACUGCGGCUGUGGGCCAGUGAUGGUGUCGAUGGCGAAAAAAUCAGCGAACAAGAGGCAGCCGAAUCGAAGCGUCCUCGGCUUUUGCAACCUGCCAGUGCUGCAAAUUGA